AUGCGAGCUGCUUCUUCGAGAGGCACUCAAGAUCUGACGACUACCCUCCUGACUUGCCUCGUUAUAUUAUGUUUCGAAGCAUGGAACGGACACUACGACUUAGCCGUUCGACAGAUCCAAACUGGGCUACGGCUAAUUCAAGCAUGGCGCGAGGAUAUCCUGAUUGAUCGACACCGGCGAGGCAUCACUGCUAGUCCAUGUGGAGACGAUAGAGUCGUUAACCACCAGCUAAUUGCGACCUUCACCAAGUUGGACGUCCAGGCUAUAUCCUUUGCCGAAGAAAGCAAUCCAGAACGGCAUUCCCUCGUCCUGAACGCGGAACUCAGCCUCCUCGACAACAUGCCUCUAUCCUUCGACACAGUCCGACAAGCCGAACCUUACGAAAACGCCAUAAUCCGGCAAUCGAUGCGAUUCUUCGCCGUCCAAGUCCCGCUUCCUCGGCCCCGGCCUCCAAAACGCGCGUUUCCGAUUAAUGCAUGGUGGGGUAUUAGGGAUCCGGAUGUGGUAGCUAUACAGCAGAGUAUCUUGAAAUAUAUCUCGGCCUGGCAUUCAGCUUUUGAACCGUUGUGGACUAAACUCCAGACAGAGGGAACAGACGAAGAGACACUUCUAAUUGCCUCUACGUUAAGACUUCACAUCGAAGCGGACACCAUCGCUCUACUUGGCGUGUGCUGCACUAAUGAAGAAGAUUUCGAUGCCUACACAGAUACGUUUUCAGAUAUGAUCACCCUCUCCUCAACCAUCCUCCUCACCCUCACCAAAACCUCCCCCACGACCCCAAAAUUCAGCUUCGACUCCCACGUCGUCAUCCCCCUCCACAUGAUCGCGCACAAAUGCCGCGACCCCCUCAUCCGCCGCCGCGCCAUCGAGCUAUUAACCCGGUAUCCGCGGCGCGAAGGCGUGUGGGAUAGUGCGCUCGGAGCUAGGAUUGGAAGCUGGGCUAUGGCUGUUGAGGAGGAGUUUGGUGAUGAGGAGGGGAGGGUGCCGGGGUGGGCAAGGAUUCAUGGGGUCGUGUUUGAGAGGGAUGGCGAGAGGAGGGGCGCGCUUUUGGGGUGUGAGCAGAAGGUUGGGGAGGGUGGGGGGUGGGGGUGGAGGAGGAAGAUUAUUACUUGGUGA